AUGACUACUUUUGCUGAUAAAGAUUAUAAUAGUGCCGCAUAUAGUUCUUAUCGUCCCAAUUAUUCCGAAAAACUUUUUAAUAAAAUUUAUGAUUAUCACUCUAAAAACUCUGGAAAUUAUAAUAAUGCCUUAGAUAUUGCUACAGGAACUGGUCAAAUUGCCAAUAUUCUAUCAUCUAAAUUUUCUAAUGUUUAUGCUACUGAUAUCUCGGAAACUAUGCUUUCUAAUGCACUUCGUGCUUCAAAUAUUAAUUACUCAAUAUCUACUGCAGAAGAUCUUUCCCAAUUUCCUUCUUCAAAAUUUGAUAUGCUUACAGUUGGACAAUCCGCACAUUGGUUCAAACUUCAAGAAUUUUUUGAAGCAGCAAAUAGAGUAUUAAUUCCAAAUGGUACUCUGGCUAUUUUUGGUUACACUUUUCAUGUGAUUAAAGGUUAUAAUGAGAUUUCGGAGAUGUUGAUAAAGUUUGGUACUGAAGAAGAGAUUAGUAAAUAUUGGGAUGAACGAAGAAUUAUUAUAAAUGAUUUGUAUAGAUCAUUUGUAUUACCUGAACAGUUUAAGAAUGUUGAAAUAAUUAGAAAUGAAAAAAUUAAUGGUGGUGAAAUUAGUGGUGAAAUUUUUAUGGAAGAAUAUUGGAGUAUUGACCAAAUGGCGAAUUAUAUGAAGGAGGGUAAUAAUACGGGAUUUUUUUCACCAUUAUUUAGUGGUAAUAAAAAUAGACAAUCAAUGCAACCAUUUUCAACGGUUUCAACGGUUUCAUCAGCUGUUGAAACAUCAGAAGAACGAGAUAGUGCAAGAUUUAAUACUCGUUCUUCAUCACCUAUUUCAAUUACAUUUGUAAACGAAGAAGGAAUAAUUCAUUCAAAUUCAAAUAAUAUAACGAAAGAACAAGAUUUAUAUCAUUCAAGUUCACUAAAAACCAAUGAUAAUAUUUAUUCGGUAGAAUUUUCACCCACUGAUAAUUAUUUCAAUAAUAAUAAUCAAGCUCAAUCCACUUCAAUUUUUACAACGAAUACUCCAAUUAUGAGUGUUGGUGGUGGUGGUGCUAAUAAUCUAAUAUAUUCUAACAUUAAUAAUUAUAAUCCUCCAGCCACACCAUCAACAAUUUUUUCCAUUAAUGAUAGUAAUGAUAGUAAUCAUAAUAGUGGAAUGGACAAUUAUUCAAUGAAAAUGAAUGAUAAAACUUGUAAUAUAGAAAUACGACCUGAUAUUAAUAUUAGAAAUUAUAAUAGUGGUGGUGCAGUUGUUGUCUCAUCAAACAAAUCAUCAACAUCAUCUGAUAAUUCGUCGUCGACAUCUAGUACAAGUACAAGUAUGACUACCGCAGAUUCAUCUAUGGUUCCCACUAGUUCUUAUAAAGGUUCCAUGACUCCUACUAGUUCUAAUAAAGUUUCUACAAAUUCUGCAGCUUCAACCGGCGUAUCUUCCUCAGCUCCAAGUCUCACUGCUCCGAUAACUACAAACACCGCCAUACCCACAGCACCACUUACAGCCACAACUCCAACCAUAGCUCCACUACCUACCACAACUCCAACCAUAGCUCCACUACCUACCAAUACACUACCACUUACGGAUACCACAGAAGCUCCAUUACCACUUACAGAUACCACAGCAGCUCCACUACCACCUACGGAUACUGCAGUAACUUCACCACCACUUACAGAUACCAUAACAGCUCCAUUACCACUUACAGAUACCACAGCAACUCCAUUACUACCUACAGAUACAAUACUUUCUACAACUACGACCGUAGUCCCACCUGCAGUAUAA